AUGGAGUUGCCGGACGGGUCAAAAGAAGUUGUCCACCCUGAAGUUCGUGCGCACAUCAACAGUCUUGUGUCCGCGCUCGGUGGCACCAGCGCCGACGACGAUGGACGAUACAGACUUGGUGACGACGCCGUCCAGGUCCUCCGCGAUCUGAAGAAAUGGAUUCGGCACUACGACGAAAAGACCAAUCGCAUGGAUGUAGCCCGAUGCAUUGCAGACUCCAACAUCGUGGAAGGCGAUCUUCUCCAGAUCCUCGCGAGCUGGCCCGAGAACGAUACCAACAACACAUUCAAAGCACGUAUAGCUCUAGCCUGCUUCGAGAUUAUGGUGCCCCUUACUUGGCCCAUGGAAAGAGAUGCCGAACGAAUGACAGUCAAUCACCAUCGCCAUAUGCCUGUUCUCGAGCUGGCGCAAGUGGGAUACAAGCGGGCCAUCAUCAACUUUGACGGCGCUCAAGUUCUCAAUACAGCUAUCCGGGCAGCUCUACCAUCUAUGGCAAUUUCCAUUGGCGAACGAUCUGCCCGCGACCAGGGCAUCAUCAAGCUUGUGCUUUUCUUCCUCCGCAAUAUCGCCAUGAUUACCCCUCCUGCCGGUAUCCAAUACGAUGGCGACGAGACCCAGAUAUCUCGCUCCACGACGAUAGACGCAUUUUCAUUUCAGGACAUCUUUGCGGUGUUGCUGAUGAUUGCUUCGAAUAUGGGCGAAGACUUCCGUACCGAGGACGUAAUUCUCAUGGAAGUCAUUUACCACCUGGUCAAACAGGUCGAGGUCAAGAAGCUGUUCAUGAAUGAACAGCAAUUACACAAGACGAAGGCUAAAGAGCUCUCCUCAAUGAUGAAGAAGGAGAGCGCGAUGCGCAGUGCCUUCAACCGCAAGGCGCCCACCCGCCACAACCGUUUCGGCACCAUGGUAUGGAUGCAGCGCGAAGACGGCCGGGUAUCAACAAUCACUGGUCAGGAUGCGCUCGCAGACAGCGCUACGCGGCAAAAGAAACUGGACGAGUCCAAAACGUUUAAGCCACCGCGACGGGCCAAGAAGGAAGAGCUGGAAUCCAAGGACCUCGGUGCCCCAGUCAAGCUCAAUGCAAGGGCUAACGACCAGCUCCGAAGCUUUGUCGAAGACUUCCUUGAUGCUGGUUUCAACCCUUUGUUCGUGCAUGUUCGCAAGUCCUUAGACCGGGAGGCGCCCCAUGUUCUGUCUUACCAUCGCCGACAGUACAUGUAUCUUGUAGCCUGGUUUUUGGAGGCGGAGCGAACUCGUAGAAAGUCAAAACGAGACUCGAAGAAGGCAGGCGCCCCCGAAGAGGUCAGCAGCUUCAAUCUCGUGGCCGGCGUGCUGGAUCAAGCAAUGUUCAUCACUCUCACAAAGACUAUGCACGACUCUUGGGAACAUAAGGAUUGGCCUACCCUGACGGCUUCGAUGCGGUGUUUCACGCAGAUUCUGCUCACGGUCCAAGAAAUGACAGAGUCAGGAAACGAAGACGACGAGGAGAUUGCGGAAAACACGCUGAGUCGUCUCUUCUACGAAGACUCCACACACGACUUGAUUGCCAAUGUCGUCAGACAAUACAAGGAGCAAGGCUUCGAGUAUCUCGACACCGCCACAGAGCUAGUGCAUCACUUCUUGCGAAUUCUGGAGGCCUACUCGAAACAAAACGUCGACAUGCAAGUUCGGUCUCGUAAACGGACUCGGCGAAAGAAGAAAGCCGAGAAAGAAGCAGGUAUCGAUACAGUUGAUAACGAGGAGAACGAUGAGUCCGCCAACGACGAGGCAAAUGCCGAAAAGACGUCCAAAGAGCGCAAGUUCGACUUCCAUCGGUUCACAUCGCGCUUUGCCCCCCAAGGUGUGGUCGAUACUUUUGUCGCCUUUACCAAAUUUUACAAGGAUCUCGACGACUCUCAGCUGAAGCGCGCUCAUCGAUACUUCUAUCGCAUAGCCUUUAAACAAGAGAUGAGCGUCAUGCUCUUCCGCGUUGAUAUUGUGCAUCUCUUUUACAACAUGAUCAAGGGGCCGGAACCGCUCGACAGGAACUCUACCAUGUACAAGGAGUGGGAAGAACUGACCAAGCAAAUCCUCAGAAAGUGCACGCGCAAGAUCGAGCAGCGGCCCGAACUCAUAAUUGAGAUGCUGUUCUCCAAGAUUAGCAGCACCGCUUUUUACCUGGAAUAUGGCUAUGAGAAACAGACUGUUUCGACAUCGACACCUCGGCCCGCUGCAGAACUCGAGUUCAAGUACACUGCGGAUUUGGACCGGCAAAUCGCCAUCGUCGUUGGCGCUCUGCUUGACAAAAAUCAACAGGAUCAUAUCUCGUGGGUCAAGAAAGUUCUUGAUACUGCGGAAAAGGAGCGUGCUGCCUGGGAGGCGGCUGAUUUCCUCAUACCAUCGGUCGAGGGCACCGACGAGGGCGCACAAAUCGAUAGACACCCUUUUACUGUGCGACCGGAUAAUGAUGCCCGCAAGACUGCCAUAUUUAAGAAUUCUCACCUGCGUCUACUCAUGAAGCUGGUUGGUUUCGAGAGGCUAGCACCGACUAUCGAGGAGACGCCCCAGUCCGUAUGGAUCCUGCCACCAGAUCUUAGUGCCAGUCUCCUUCGUGUGUAUAUCAAGCACAUCAACGAUGCCGAGUUUGAUCCACCCGCCUUUGAUGGUGCCAGCGCAGAGGAUCAACUUCGCCGCAAGAAAGUAGCCCGAAAGCGAGCCGAGUACGAUGACGACGAUGAUGAUAUUGAUGACGGCUUCCUCUUUGAACCCCUGGGCCCUACCGUCCGCAAAGCUAUUGACGACCCUGCUUCUAAAAAGACGAAGCGGAGGAGGCGCAGAAAAGACAGCGAAGAUGAGGAGGCGCCGAAUGAUUCUGAGUUGGAAGAAAAGGCCCAGAAGCGCAGAGAGCGCGAGAGAGAAAAGGCGAGAAAGAUCAAGAGCGAAGCGUACGUCCACGCUAGCGAUGACGACACGGACGAGGAGUACGACCGUGAGUUCUUCCAACGAGAAGAGGCACAACGCUCGCGUUUGGCUCGUAUUGUGGAGAAGGUUGCGAUAUCGGAGCCGACCAAGAGACCAGCAGCGGUGCUGCUUGAUGAUAGCGACGACAAUGACGAUGAUGUCCUCGUUGUGACGAGGGGCACUCAAUCUACCCGGCCGAGUGCCGACGUUGAUAUGGAUGCCGAUAGUGACGGCGAGCAGAAUGGAGACAAUGCUACGCCAUUGAGCUCCAGUCCGUCUUCCUCUCAAGGAAAGGGAUCUCGGAAAUGGAGACGUAUCACUCCUGAGGUAGCUACUGCUGAAGAAGGGGCGAAGGCUUCAGAGAAGGCAGAUGCCGAUUCGGAUGACGAAGAUGCGCCGGUGCCUACAGCACGCGCACGACAGCGCACCAGAGGAGGUUUCGUGAUGGAGAGUAGUGAUGAGGAAUAA